AUGGUAAAUGAAAAAUAUUUUUAUUUUUAGAAUACUUCAUCUCUGAAAAUACGUACAAGUGCCAAUAACAUUAAAAACAGAAAAUCUUAUGAAAAUGACAGCCAAAAGCAACAGAGACCAAUCAAUAAAUCUUUACAAUUUUGGUGUGGAAACAACAUAAUCUCUGUGCAACACGCAAAGGCACAUAUCUUUGCAUGGAGCAACCCAGCCAGUGGUUAGUGAAACCUUCAGAAUCAUCCGAAUGUUUUCAAAGUUGCUCUGAGUUUUGCAAACAUUCUCCCUUUAAUUUAAGCUAUUGUUUUUCCAAGAGAAUUUGAAUUAAAAACAUGCGCUUUUUUAGCUAAAUAUAAGUCCAUUGUACACAAACAAUUAAAAUCUCUUUUAAAAACAAUUCUUAUUCUACAUGCCAAGGGUUAUACAAUCUCAAAUAGUGUGAAUCCUCUGCAUGGUUUCACUCAGUGAAAAGACUGUUCUGAAAAUCCAGAAAAUCAGAUAAAGAUCAGAUGCAAAACCUCUGGCUUUUAUUAUAUAUCUUCCUUGGUUUGUUCUUCAGGAUCAGAGCCUAAAUGUUACCUUUGUUGCUGUUGUUUAAAAAAGGAGCUUGGUAAUAUAUUUACAAGUUUUUGGAGAAUAUGUUGCUUUUUUAUUACAAUUUUUUAAAAAAUCCAAACAACCAUUACAUCUGGACAGAGAUUCCUGCACAUCCUGCACACAGUGGCAGCAGGCUUUGGUUAGAAGCAUAAGAAGCCUGGGCUAGUGUAUGAGAAAUGAGAUUGAACUGUAUGAGCAAAGGAACUAGAAAUCAAUUGGUCUGCUUCCAAGAUGCACUCUAAAACUGCUUCCACAUUUGUUGUAGGCAACCAGAAGCCAUCACAGCUGCCAAAAGAAGCAGUUAAACAUUUCCCCCACCGCUGGGCUUUCUUUCAUUCCUGCCCCCACACAGUUCCUCUCAGGUGUCAGCAGCAGCACGUGCACUCAGCUUUUCCAGCAGCUGCUCCAUGCCCAUCGCCACUUCAGCUGCCCAGCUCUGCCCCUUCUCACACCCCACUGUGUUGGUGAGAAGCAGAGAGCUGCAAGGUGGAGCUGAGGAUGAUUGGAGCUUUUCUGUAAGCAGCAAAGAGCUGCCCCGUGUCUUGUUCUUCAUUCCCCGUGAAGGUUUUGUUGGCAUUUUUUUCUGCUGCUCUUGCACACUGAGCUGUUGCUCUUAGAGAACUGCUGGAGAUGACUCCAGGGUCUCCUUCCUAAUUUAUGAGUGCUGCAUCCAAGUUCAGCAUCAUUUAAGCAUAGUUUGUGUUAUUCUUCUCUAGAUGCAUUCCUUUACAUUUAUCUAGACUAAAGCUCCCCUGCCAGCUUUCUGUGCACUGCUUCUUGAGAACCUUCUGGAGUUGCUCAGCACUGACACAACAUUUGGUUACCCCAAAGGACAUUUACUUUUGUUUCUCUCAACAGUAUCUCCUCUUCUGGAGAAAUUCAUCAGAUCCGUAUUGUUCUAAGAAUGCUUUCGCUAGUAUAGAAUGUUCUACAUGGUACUCCUCAGCUUAUUUGGCCUUUUUCCCUGCACUGAAGCUCUUCUGGUCACCUAGACACUGAUAGAUUACUGCCACUUGUUUUUAUAGGAGAGCUGUAGUGAUGAAUACUUUUAUAUUACUCACUAGCAUAUGCUUUUAAUAGGAAAUGGUAACAAGGGUUCCAACAUCGUACUUAGAGAGUUGCUAGUUAAUCCCCAAAUUUAUGAUGUGUCCAGCUCAAUUACACAGUUCAAAGCACCCUGCUUAUUGACCACAAGACUUUGAAUAUUUUUCUCUCACUUUGCCUGUUCUACAAAACUUCCACAAGAUUAAGGCACCCAUCUGAAAUUUCCUGGAGAACAUUUUUCAGUGUUUGGGUUUUCCAAAAAUUUGGAAGUUCAUUUACUCCAUUCACAUAGGAGUCAUGCCCAGAAGACUCGUGAUCUGGUGGCUCAGCACCAUGAGCUGCAGAGCCUUCCAGGCCUUUUGUCCCACCCCUCCUCAGCUGACUAUCAUGAUGGUCAAAGUAAUAACCCUGCAUGCUUACACAACUCAGCAAAAAUAUUGCUUCAGAAGUUUUUAGAGGGGAAACUGUGCCCUGGAAAAGUGACACAUUCAUGAAUCUUCCUCAUCCUGUGCUUAUUUUGCUGGAUUGCUGUGCACCAAAGCUGGAUUUUUCUAAAGCUCUGCACCCAGUUCACAUGUGACAUGCUUAGCUCCUCUGUGGGGCUGGCAUGGAAAUGGAGAUCAUUUGAAAAGCUGGCACCCAGUGCUUUGAGAAGGGGUGGCAAACUAGAAAGCUGGCCUACUUCCCCUUCCUACUGCUCAUAGCCAUGUCCUGGCUUCUGAAACCUGCUGGGAGAGCUCUGUGUACACUGUGAUUGAAAGCAGCUGCACGAAAGCGUCUGGGCACAGAAAGUUCUUUUGGUGGCCACAGCCUCUCCAUAAGGAACCAUGCCUACCCUCUGCCCGGCAGGAGCAUACAGAGGGCAGGAGAAAUCCGCACGCCCGGCUCUCCGGGGCCUGUGGGUGGAUUAGCUGCGGUGCCAUUUUCCGUCAGGAUCUGUUUCCCACACAGCGUGACGGAGCGCACGUCUCAGCAGUGCGCUGCAGGCACCAGGCUCGCCUCUUCCCAUUGCUGCCUGAAGCCCUUUGCAGACCUCUUUUGACCAGUUUUGCAGAGAUGAAUGCUCAGACUAUCUUUUCUGUCGUUUAAUUUACAUCUGUUUUAUAUUAUUUGCAGUUUUUUCUUUAUCUGGCUCAUUCCCUCCCAAUCACUCUUUGCUUUCUCUUCCCUCCCCAUUAUCCUUGAUAACUGAGAGUUGAUUGUAGUUCGUGUACGGUUACAUGCUGUCAUCCCUACAGACCUUCCAGCCGCCAGCUGUCUCAACACUACACUCCUAUAGAAGUCAUUCUUUCUUCACUCCCUCUGUCUGGCUCACUCCACUGAAGGAUUCUGAGUUCUUCCUCAGCUUUCUCAUAGCUGUUGUCAGCCCAAAUUCACUUUUCCAUGCUUAGAGACACAGUAAUGCCCCAACAUGGUGCUGAUCCAUAUUCCAACCAACCAUUGCAACUAUUGCCACAUAAAAAAACAGUAGAUGAAAUGUAUCCCGGAGGGUACAAAUGUGAGCUAGUACUUGUAAAUAACCCAGGGCAGCCUGAUCUGGUGGGGGUCAACCAGCCCACGGAGGGGGUUGGAACUUAAUGAUCUUUACGUUCUUGUCCAACCUGAGCCAUUCUUUGAUUUUAUGAACCCACUGCUCUCUGAACUCUGCAGAGGAAAAAAGGGUUUAUUUUCCUGAAGAGGAGCGUCCCAUCAGCUCCAGCACUCUGAAGGGGCCCUACUGCAGGGCACAAUAGGCCAGGGAGAACAACAGAGCGUAGAGUUGGAAUCAAUUGAAAAUGCAGAGAAACUAGACAGGCAAAAUGGGAUUAUUCAAAGUGGAACGAGAGCAGGGCGCUGGGGUGACUGUACCUCGCUGCAAACACGGCUGCGAUGACUGAGAGCCAGAAGGACCUUGUUUUAGUGAGCAGCCAAGGGGAAGCACAUCAAACAGGCAGCGGGGAGAUAAAGCGGGGAGCGGGAGCGUGGUGGGUGGAUGGAGGCACACGCUGGUGCCCGGCCGGAGGAAUGUCAUGGCUUCACUUGUGAUUGGCUGCUGAGUGGUGGAGUCAGUUUUCACGGGGGUUGAUCAAAAAGUUUCCUUUUGCUUUCCAAAGUCGCUGUCUGAGCAGAGGCAUCGGAAGAGGAGGCCGGUUGCUCUAACAUUCCUCGGGAAAGCGACUUAAAUGCAAUGAGAAGGCUUCUCUUCCCAGGGACACGCAGCCAAGAACAGACGCAGAGAAGCUGUUUUCCUUCUCUUCUCUCCCAACUCCUACUGGAGUUGAUCAGCUCUCAUUUCUGGCAUGCGUCUCAUCUCUCAGGAUACCAUGUCACAGUAUUCUACUAACUUUCUCUUGCUUCCCAUACCAGAGUAUCCAGUACUAGACUGCGUGCCCAACAAAAUCAUCAAGCUGGUGGUGCUGGGUGGCAGCAGCGUUGGCAAGACAGCUCUGGUUGUGCGCUUUCUCACUAAGAGAUUUAUUGGAGACUAUGAAGCCAACGCUGGUGCAUUGUAUUCAAGAAAAUUCACCAUAGAUGGGGAACAGAUCUCCCUCCAGGUGCAGGAUACUCCCUUUGUUUCACUGGAGGAUGACACUGACAGCAUCUGCUGCCAGGAGCAGAUAAACCGCUCGAUCUACUGGGCAGAUGGCUUCGUUUUCGUUUACUCCAUCACAGAAUACAAGAGCUACCGCGUCAUCCGGCCCCUGUACCAGCACAUCCGCAAGAUUCACCCCAAUGCUAACAUCCCCCUGCUUCUGAUGGCAAACAAAGGAGACCUCUUGCGAGCCAGGCAGGUGUCCUCCAAAGAAGGACUCCAGCUGGCCAGCGAACUGGGAGGUACUUACUAUGAAGUCUCAGCGCGGGAGAACUGCGAGGGCGUGCACGAAGCCUUCCAGCAGCUUUGUCAGGAGGUCAGCAGGAUGAUUGGCAGCUGCAAUGGAGAGAAACGAAGAGGCCUCCAUCUCGUCCGACCCAAGUCUCCAAAUAUGCAGGACUUAAAGAGACGUUUGAAACAGGCUCUGACUUCCAAAGGGAAAUCUGCCACUACGCUUUGAUGUAGCUGAUAAAAGUUGUAUUCCACACCCCUGGACAAAAGGCAAGCAAAUAAACUGGCGUUUAAGGGAAUCUCCAAAAUGCAGCAUUUGGGUCGUGUGAGAGGUCCCUUCAUUCUGUCUAUAUAUCUUCCUUAAAAAUUCCAUGUUUGUUCAUCAGAGGAACUCACAGAAUGUUCUCCUGGGGCAAGAAUGUAGAAACUGACUUAAGGUAUAGAUUGUCCCAAAUUAUUUCUUUUCCAAAAGGAAUGCAGUCAAAUAGUUUAGGCUUAAAAUGUAGAUUUUAUUAAUAAAAUACAUAAAUCUUACUGAUUUAUUUAGAGGAGUGGCUUCUCUUGGGGACAGCUGUGUUCUCGAGUGUGGGCAGUAAGCUAAAGCAAGGCACCAGGAGAGAGACAUGAGCUAUAGUGAGCAAGCAAAACCAAAUUUGCUAACUCACAAGACUGGAAAAUAAAGACAAAAAGUAAAUAAUAAGCAUAAGCAGUGAAAAGUAAUAAUUUAACAAAUAUAAUAAUUCAAAAACUGCAGUUUAGAAGGUGCUCUUAGCAACAUGGGGAGAGAUUUGCAAGCUUCUAUAGCCUCCCUUUAUAAGAUAUUUUCAAAACUAUAACAAUUUAUUUCAGAUUAUUUUUCUUUAAACACAUACCAUUUCUGAAAGAGAUUCUGUGGGCACAGUACUUACUUAGCAGCAUUUUGUAGGCAAAUUCUCAGUGGUCUACUUGUCAUUUUUGUGUAAGUUUCCUAUAUGGUAAUGUGGAACAAAUAGAGCAGCGUGGCUAUAAAACCUGCAGAGAGCAAAUGGGCUGUAUUAACCAAGAGCAAGGAUGGGAUCUGAAACAAUACAACCUUUUUUUUGAAACAAGUUAGACUUCAUGCUCAAGAUGAUCUUUCAAAGAAACAAGGCCUUUACUCAAAGUAUAUUUGAUUCAUUAAAAUUUUUUGAAAUUAUUUUUCAGCAGAAAGGGUUUUAUGAUGCCUGAAACACGUGGCUUCAGGAAUUUAUCAUUUUGUUAUUUGCCUUAAAACCAGGUUUUACUCGAUCCCUUGCAAUGCAUCCAAAUCACCAGUCAGUCAAUAGAGAUCUCACUGGCAGUUUCUCACUGCAGUUGUUCUCUGUGCGUGCCAAGGGGUUUGAAGCUGCAUCCUGUGAGCUGGCCAAUUUUAUGGUCGCAAUAACAACAGUAUGAAGCACCCAUCAUUCUGUUCCUAAUGGGAGUGGAAAGAAGCUGGGUUGGAUCAUGCAGAAGUCGUGGUACAGUGACCUUUUCUUUAAACACGCCACCCAAGCACUUCGCGGGAUCAUGGAAUGGAUUAAAACUUGGUGAUUUACACUGAGGAACCCAGGUGGGGAAAUCCUAGUUCCAUGGAUGUGGAAAAACACUCCCAGCUGCAGCAGUACUGAGCUAACUCAACAUUUUACUCAUGAACACAAAAAUGCAAAUUGAGUCUGAUGAGUACCCAUACAGCUCAGGGCUUGUAAUUCUGUUUUAUUUGCUCCACUGCUGGACAACUCUACUCAUUAUUUUCUUCAUCACUUGGGUUUGCUUUACCUACAGCUCACCUUUUGUUUUGUUUAUUGUUCUCCACGGCUGGCAUUCUGAGAUGUUCUGAUUAAUUUAAAGCUAUUCUAUACACACAAAGCAACUGUGCUUUUUUCUUUUUUUUAAAUGAGUUUCAAUUGGUAGUAGAGAGUGAAACAGAAAGUUGGAUCAACCAAACAGGGACUCAAGCAAUAUUAAGGGAUUUGUACUUUAGCUAAUAGUUUAUUAACAGCUUAACAUUCUAGCUGGGCCAUUGUCCUCUUGGCAUUUUGGUACGGCAUUUGUUAGCACGAGAUUUCAGUCUUCCAAAGUACUAACAGCAUAGUUCAAAUAGCAAAUCUUUAACAUGAAAAUGAGCAAAGAGAUUGUGAGAGACAAGCGAGCUGAACGUUGUUUGCAUCAGAACAGUGAUUGCCAGUUUUGAAAAGCAACCACAUAUUUUACCAUUCCGGUACCAUAUAGUUAGGGCUAAAUUUACUGAAGACAGCUUGCUGAAAUUUGUUUUCAUAAAAGCCUUAGGGAAUUAGGUCCUCUAUCUUAUUAAAUUUGCCUGUAACUUGCUCUUUCAGUUCUAAUUCUUUAUUUGGGAAGAAAGUUCAACACGUUUCAAAACUGUCAAUGUUUUCUUUUCAGUAGCAACUAAUAAAAUCAGACAAGGCCUUUCCUGAGUAGUAUAUAAAAUGUACAUCUCAUAUCUUUAAAUGUUCUUUGUUUGUAUUAGGCUAAAAAUAUUUUUUUCCUAAUACCCUGCUUUGGAAGUACAUGCAAGCACUCCUAUGUUUGCACUCCUACAUAUGUAUUCCCACAUUCCCGUGGCUCUGGUGGGGGGAAAAAACAUCCAUGUUUUAGCUAAGGCCAACAAAUAUUGAAAUAUUUAAGUCUUCUCCUAAAUACUAACAUGUGGCUAGCAUUUAUUCUGCCACAGAAACUUGAGUAUAGCAUUUCCUUCGUUCAUUAAUCAGCAAUACAAACCUGGUAGUAGCUUUGAUACUGGUUUUAAGCAAGUACUUACCAUCUACAGGGGAUGAUUGAACUCAGCAAUUUUAUUCACAGCACAGUACUGAAACAUCAGAGCACAAUGCUGUGCCACUGAUGCUCAGCAAGACUGAGGAAGGAGAGCAGUAGCAUGAAAAGCAUAGAGAAGAGAACAAUACAGAAUUCAGUGCCUAAAAAUGACCAGGUAAAAUAUCAAAGAUUAGCCACGUAGAACCCUAUCCUGAGUCUCUUUGGGCUGCCAAAGGGAAAUAUACAUUCUAUUGGAGCUUUGAAAUGUAACUUCUAGAGAGAAGGUACUUGAUGUAAAGUCAAGGGAGAAUGUGAGAAAGCAAUUUGAGGGGAGGUGGUGGGAUUUGUGGUUUUGGCUGGGAGCAGGGGGUGGGAUUUUGAGAGAUUCUGGUUAUCAAGAAAAUUCUCAGUUAUUCUGCUUAAAUCCAAAUCAAAUCUGUUGGAAGCAAUGUACUACAGAAUUAACUUUUUUUUCCCCCUCCCCAUAUCCCUCUUCAUUUUCCUGAAUGAUUGAAACCUUGUGCACCAUCUGGUUUCCAAGACGCCUUGCAGCUGGCCUCACUUGGGCACAAAGCAGUUGAGUGAUCUGCCCCAAGGUUACACAGCUGCGCCAAAGCGCUUCUGCCCAGCUCAAAACCAGUGUCCUUUGUAACAUCCAUUCCCAACACUUCCCAACAGCUACCAGGCUGUACUGCCUCCCUCAGGGAUGCACAAAGCACUGUGAGUAGUGCUACAUGAGACUGUAACUAAAAGUUGGAAAAAGUCACUUGAAUGACAGACUGUGCUAAGAACACACUGAGUGAAGCAUUUCUGACAUCCUGAGCAUUGUAGUAGCGGUGAGACUGGCCUGUGGGUCACUGAAGAUAUUAGUAAAUGAUGAUUUAAAAGAUAACUUAAAAGGAAAGCCAGCCCCCUUCUGACUUGCUUAGUCAGGAUAUUUACAGAUCAGUUGUCUGCAUUUUCAGUAGAGAUAGCUUAAAUCUUAACAUCUGAAUUCAGAUUCCUCAGGUUGUUGUGAUCCCAGUUUGACGUUUGAAAAGGAGGAAAAUGGAAAAUUCAGACCUCAAUUUCAAGAAACACCUCAGACAGAAGUGUUGGUACCGUGGGUGCCCACUUCGCACAGGCUUUGUGUCAGGUAUCCAGCUGAAGGAGCACCUUCCUGUGGCACGGAAAGAAACGCUGUAUGAGAGAACCAUUGGUUUCAAAUGGCAAACUGGAAGACUGCCAGGUGGGGUUUCCCUGUGCCAAGCUGGAAGGCUUUGGGUCAAAUCACUCUGAAGUCUGCAGAGGCAGCGUGUGACCCUGAGGUGACAGAACAUGAUGACAUAUUUGCUGGUCUCUAGUUGUUCAUGUAAUUUCCAAGACCUCUUACGAGCUGAUGUUGUCUCUUCUGGGACUAGCACAGGAAGGGCAUGCAAUAAAGUUAAAAAGAUCUCUAGAGUCAUUCUAAAAGCCUCAAAAGCAGAGACAAUGGUCCUAGAAAAUGCUGUCCCAUCGAUCACCUCUGAAGACAAAGCAGGACUCCUCCUUGGAUACUUUCUCACCCCCCUCUGCUGGUUCUCCCUUCCUUGUUCCUCUCCAUUUGUGCCUCUGUGUUGGUUUAGUUUGGCAAGGAAUACCUCUGCAAUCACUCUUCCUUAGGCUUAAAAGAAUAAUUUUGGUGUUUAGUGUAUGAUAUAUUUCCAAAUAUUUUAACUGCAGACAUGGUUUAUAUCAAAGCAAGAGUGCCUGCUUAGCCUUUUGAACUUCUUUACCUAAAUCAUUUUAAAUCACACUUAAAUCAAGUCAGAAGAACUCUGCAUUUAGACAAAUCUUUGAAUUCAUGCCAUUUCUCCCCAGAUGCUCUCACUGACUUCGCCCAGUAUCUUCCUCCUCUGUAAGCUCAUUUAUGUUGCUUAGUCACUGCUUACUUAAACCUGUUUAAUUCAUGUAAAGUUUUGCUGUUCUUCUCUGAAAUCUCUCCAGUUUAAUCAAGCAAGUUCUGUUCUCUAGGCAGCUGUGCGAGCUGCAGAUGAGCUCAGAACAGCUGGUGACUUUCUGCUCCAUCAGAUUUUUGCCCACUACUGAAGAUUUUGGAAUAAGCAGGAGCAUGGAUGGAGAUUCAUCAAACCAACUUCAAGUCUCCUUUCGCUUGUCAGCCUCCUUUGGUGGCAAUAAUUCUAUCCAUCACAAGAUGGACCAGGUUUAUCCUAAAUGGCAUUGUUUCAGUUUGAUUCCUACAGAGGGAAAGAUGCUGAAUAUGAAGCAAAUGGAUGAGUUGAUAGGCUCUGUAAACCCCGAGAUCCGAUUCAUUCAGGAGCUGUCACACCAAUCCUCUUUUCCUUAGAAGAUACAUUUCUUAGAUUUUCCAUUUUAUCCAAAUGGGUUUCAAGACACAGCCUCUGGAUCUCAUCACACAGACACUUACUGUCUCCUCUGUAGCAGGUCAAGGGGAAGCUGCACAUUUUCUAAAUGCAGAGGGUGAAAGAAUGUAUGUCUUGUGCUGUUAUUAUGGAUGAUUGUGGAGACUGUUCCUAAGGACACUGUUUUUCUUCUUCUUUCCAGGCAAAAACACAGAAUGCUAGCAGAAGUAACUGGUCAUUCUGAAAAGCUGUUAGCUGUGUUUGCUGAACUGGGAGACAAACUACUUCCUCUGCUGGUUAAAAAACCCACCAGAUAAGUGUGGGGGUUGGGAUUUUAAAGAUGCAGCCUCUGAACUCUUGCAGAGAGUUGAAUUAUGUCACUUCUUGAUGGAGAUCCAGGUUUCCACUUGCUUGCAGGAGCCUUCACUUUUCACACUGUGUUCUGCACUGUAUUUCACUUCAAAACUCAGUAUUUUCCUGAUGAUAAAAAUGAGAAAUGUCUUUGGAGUAUCAUUCUGAAGUGCAACAGCCCAUUAUCUUAACUCCCUAUUUUUGAUGAAGACCGAGGAUGUCUGAGCUGCUUUUAGCUCCAGUUGUUGGAGACUGGAGCUCAUACUCCAUAGGCAAAUGUGUUUAUCAUUGCAGAUGAGCAAGACUCAUCGUUAUUUAAUAGUAGAACAAGGUAUACUGUCACACAGUUCAGACAUUCUGUGAUUGUCAGUAAAGAGCAGUGGGAUGUGGAAAUGAGAGGGAGGCAUAAAAUCUCUAAACUACGCUCCUGAGAUUUCCUGUUAGAGAGAAACAAACUUUCCCUUAAGCACUGAGAGAGGUAACGAGCUGGUGGUAAUGCUGAAUAUAAAGAAAGCAGCUACAGCAAUUCUGGCUAAACAACCCAAGCUCCAUUCCCUUGGGUUGGAAAACAAGGAGGGUGUCAACUUUAGUGAGAACCUCCUAAGUUUAGUAAAAGGGUUCGCUGAGAAACCGCUGGUUCUGUGAGAAGGAACCAAAAUGUUUCAGUGAACUACACAUCUUGAGGUACUCAGCUGAAAAAGAGAACCAGAACCCAGGCCUUGGAGAGCCAUCAGCAUUUCCCAUCCACAUCAAUUCAGAGCAGUGGUGAAAAGCCCACGUCUUCAUCACAUUCCAGCCCCCACGAUUACGUAAGGCCCAUGCCAAAGUCACUUUUGAAGGACUACUGCAGUAAUGCUGGUCUCAGUGUAGGUCAGGGACAGCUCCAACAGUGAAUGGAGGGUUUAAGCUGCCAUUCUUCUCCCUCUUUAACCACAAAGACUGCCUAUGUAGCCGAGCCCAAGAGCUAAGACCAAACUCCAUAUAUCUGAUCAGUGUUCAUCAGUCUGUGCUGGAGCUCAGUAACUGGCUCUCAGAAGAACCAUCAUCUGCCAAAGGAGCAGCUUUUAAAACCCAGAAUACAUAUUUGUGUCAGAACUGUGAAGUGAUACAUUCUAUAUGCAAGCACUUCUGAAAACACAGUACUUAUUGGGCUGCUUUGAAGAAAGCAAGAAGUUUUGUUUCUAAAUCCUGAGUUUUAAUCAUUAAGAUUAUUCAUUUUUAUGUAUUUUCAUACACUUAAUUUUAGCCAUUUGCACUUGUGAACCUUGCACUAGGGAACGAGCCAAAGGACACGGAGCCAAUGGUUUCUCCCUUAUACAUUUGACAGUGCACAUCUUCCCCUGCUGUGACUGUGUCUCAAUGCUGGAAGAACUGAGAACUACAGAUAUGGCUGAAGAAGGCACUAUGCAAAGCCCAGGCACCCCACAGCCCUAAUUCCACAGCAGCUGGUGAGAGCCACUGGCCAGGCAGGCACACAUCCAAAAAGCAGCAGUGUUCAGCACCUACCGGGCAUAACUGGCAAUGAGCUUCAAAUCAGGAUGAGAGCAGUGGGCUGUUGAAGGGUUAAACAUUUCCUGCCUUUAAUCUGGAAUCACGUAAUGUGGAAUGAAUGUUUCAGCUCAGAAUGUUUCCUCGCUCUGGCAGUGUCAUGGUGGGAGGUCAAAGUGUGGGGGAGACAGAAAGAAAAAAGGGGGUGCAUGGUGUGGGGAGCCAAGGAAGCACACACACCCAGCAAUGAGCAGGAUGGGUUCUCCAGCAGCAUUAGCCCAGCUGGACGGGCUUUGGUGCAGCCAUGGGCUCAGUGUGGGACGUUAGGGACUUCCUGCUCCAGCUGCCUCUGCUUCUCCCAUGUAUGCGUGCUUCUGCUCUGGGCACAGUUCCCACGCUACAUUGCAAAAUACGCCUUGAGUUUCUCACAGUAUCUCUGCCCAGACACAAACUGCAGCUUCGGCCUUUCCUGCGCCCGGAGGUGGCUCUCCUCUGGGGCAAUGCCUGCUGUAGUUAUGUUUCCUGCCGAUGGAGGUCUUUUCCUGUGCAACCAGAACUGGUCUGUACACCAAUGGGCUUUAUCCAGGGCAGGAAAUUUCAAUUUAAAAACUUGCCAAAUUUCAAACUACCCUGAACAGCCCAUUCUCAGAUGGCGUAUUACAACAGAGCAGCACCAGCCUUGUGCAUCUCACCUGCACACCUUCCUACGAGCACAAGGCAGUCAGUAGCUCGUGACUGUCACUCCUUCUGUCAAAAACCAUUCCUACAGAUCAGUGUAUCUCACAUUCAGCUGUUUUCCCUGCAGUUUCCACCUCCUUUAUUGCAGGCAAGACAGUUUCCACGUGGUGAAUUAUUACUUAUUUAAUUUCUUACCAAUUAGCUUUAACAGCUUAUCACUGAUUCAGGACCUGUGGAAAGAAAGAAACACACACACACACACAAAAAGAGAAAAGAAAAGAAAACACAAACAAUUACACAAACACUUAAGCAACCACCUUUCUGCCCUCUUCCCUUUAAGCCAAACACAGCAGUCAUGACCUCCCUGCUCUCACCCUUCACCCAGCCACCUCUCACUGGGUUACCUCCAGCCUGUCCCAUUUCUUGCUUCUCUUACAUCUGAGUGAGACCACCACAUGUGGGGUGGUGCUGUGGGGACGUUGCAUGGGUUUCGGAGCUGCUGUGACACAUCACAGCCAUCUCCUGCCUGGUCCCCCCUGCAGCUCCUGGCUUCCGGACUUGCCUCACACAGCUGCAGCAAACCCUACAGGUUACACCCAGCACCACCCUUCUGCACAACAAAAAUGGGAGCUGCCCCCCGGGCAAACAAUGGCUGAAGCACAAAGAGACUCAGGAGGUCUGCCUGCUUCUGAGAAUAUUCAGUUGUCCAUCUUCCCACCAAACGAUAGCAAAUGUCUGAAGGGAAUCAUCUGACAAGUCCUCUUGCUCAACACUGCUCACCCCUAAGCUGCAAGAGAAAAACAAACUCCUUUCAUGGCAGGAAAUCCUCAGGCCAGUUUGUCAGCAGGAUUUAGAAACAUUUCAAUAACAGAACUACUGACAUUAGAUGUUGACUGAAUGAUACAGCCAGAGAAGUGGUGAGCGUGCAUUUCUGAUGGGUACCAGUCAGGUGGUAGAGGUGCCCACCCUACUGCUGUUGGGCACAUGUGGGUUGUACUGCUUUCGGGAUGAAGAUUUAAGCUCCUCCAAUGAUUUCAGCUCAACCAUUAGGUCUUCUGAAGUGUUCUACAUUAAAACAAUUUAUUAUGAUCUAGGAAAAGGUCCAAAUGAAGCCCACAGCCCUGAACAUUUUAUUUCUAAAAUGAGCCACCUGAAAAUUCCCUACAUCAGCCUCAUCACUUUCCAGCAUCCAAUUCCGUCUUCAAACUGAACUCAUAGAUCCAAAUGUAAGACUUGUUUUAUAAACCCAGUAUUUACUUUGGGGUCUCCUUGGUGAGAUGCUGCGUGUUCCUCCAGCCCCACACCCCACGCUCCCUGUCUCCUGGGCAGUUUUCCUGUUCAUGCAAGAUGUGCUGCAACCUAAGGGACCAAGAACACUGCUGAGCGUUGUUCAGCUUGUCCCACCCUUAUGCACUGGUUCCUAUGCAAUUAAAACAGUAUUUCUUUCCUUUGUAGGGUGUUUUGAGAUCUAUUGAUUAAAACUCCUGUGCGUAAGCAAGGUGUCAUGCUGUUCAAAAUAUUAUCUUGUGUGGAGAAGAGCUGUUAUUAGAGUUCGUUAUUAACAGAGCAGGAAGUGGGGAUUAAACUUUGUUCUCUAAUCACAAACAAACCUAGAAGACCUCUGCAGCUUCUGGGUAAGCCUAGGAAUGAACAGCUGCUCCUAAGGAAAGAGAACCCCAGAAGGAGAAACCCAGAUUGAUGUCUCACAGGGAGCUGAAUGAGAACAAGGUCAGGUUUGGCAGCGUGCCUCCUCUUCACCUUGUGAAUACUCUCCAAGGGGUCGGGCUGGAACGCAACUGUUUUGACACAGGGUUUCCUGUUGCAAAUGCUCUAUGCAGGCUCCACAUCAAGCAGCUGGGAUUUUUUUUUACGUGCCUCAGCCACAUUUUCAAGUGGUGUAAAUUGUCAUAGCACCAUGGAGCCCUGCAGAACAACAGAAAUCAGGCUGUUGGUUUUUAUGAGCUGAGGAUCCAAUCCAGCCUAAAAAUCACCCACGGCAAAAAGUGUUUUCAAGGCUAAAAAGGCAGUUUCACAUCUGCAGCCAAAGCCCAGGUUACGACUGCAACCACAGGGAGAGUUUGCAGAGGUAGUCUUUGUGCCUACUGGUUUUCUCCAUUAAGUCCCAUGGAAGAAGUUUUGAGAGUUGGGCAAACACUGAAAUAAAAGCUCU